GAAUGUCUUCCAAGUAUGCCAAGCUGUCAGGAGUUUACAUCAGCAAGUAUUUACCACUCCAGUGAAUUUACUCAGUGGAGGAGAAUCACUGUCCUUUUACCGCAGAAGACUUGGUCCAGCGCCACACGUUUCCGCUGGAGUCAGUGCUACUACACAGCCCAAGACGAAUGGGCCUUAGACAACAUCUACAUCGGACAGCAGUGCCCCAACAUGUGCAGCGGGCAUGGCUGGUGUGACCAUGGCGUUUGCAGGUGUGACUCAGGAUUUCGGGGUACCGAAUGUCAGCCUGAAAAUCCCCUUCCUUCAACCAUCAUGUCUGAUUUUGAGAACCCAGACAGCCUGAAGACAGAGUGGCAGGAAAUUAUUGGGGGAGAGAUCGUCAAACCUGAAGAAGGCUGUGGGGUCAUCUCAUCUGGCUCCUCGCUCUACUUCAACAAGGCUGGAAAAAGACAGUUGGUAAGCUGGGAUUUGGACACAACGUGGGUGGAUUUUGUCCAGUUUUACAUCCAGAUAGGAGGAGACAGUUCUUCGUGCAAUAAACCAGACAGCAGAGAAGAAGGUGUGCUGCUGCAGUACAGCAAUAACGGCGGUAUCAACUGGCAGCUACUAGCAGAAAUGUAUUUCUCCGACUUUAGCAAACCCAGGUUUGUCUAUCUGGAGCUGCCAGCAGCAGCCAAGACACCUUGCACCAGGUUUCGCUGGUGGCAGCCGGUGUUUUCAGGAGAAGGGUAUGAUCAGUGGGCCAUCGAUGACAUUAUCAUUUUGUCAGAGAAGCAGAAGCACAUCAUUCCUGUUGUUAAUCCCACUUUACCACAGAACUUUUAUGAAAAGCCAGCAUUUGAUUACCCUAUGAACCAGCUGAGCGUAUGGUUAAUGUUGGCCAAUGAAGGGAUGGCCAAAAAUGAAAGUUUCUGCUCUGCCACCCCCUCCGCCAUGCUUUUUGGUAAAUCAGAUGGAGACCGGUUUGCAGUGACUCGAGAUUUAACUCUGAAGCCUGGAUAUGUCCUGCAGUUCAAGCUGAACAUUGGUUGCACCAACCAGUAUAGCAGCUCUGCUCCUGUUCUGCUUCAGUACUCUCAUGACGCUGGGCUCUUCUGGUCGCUCGUGAAGGAGGGAUGCUACCCUGCAUCUCCAGGCACAAAAGGAUGCGAGGGAAGCUCCCGGGAGCUGAUUGAGCCGACCGUGUAUCACACGGGAGACUUUGAGGACUGGACAAGAAUUACUAUUAUUAUCCCCAGGUCACUUGCAGCCAGUAAGACUCGAUUCCGCUGGAUUCAGGAGAGCAGCUCCCACAAGAGCGUGCCUCCUUUCGGCUUAGACGGUGUUUACAUCUCUGAGCCUUGCCCCAACUACUGCAACGGUCAUGGGGACUGUGUCUCAGGGGUCUGCUUCUGUGACCUGGGCUACACAGCAUCGCAUGGAACCUGUGUGUCUAAUGUGCCUAAUCACAGUGAGAUGUUCGACAGGUUUGAGAGGAAGCUAAGCCCUCUCUGGUACAAGAUAACAGGAGGUCAGGUUGGAACAGGCUGUGGUGUGCUCAGCGACGGAAAAUCUCUGUACUUCAGUGGACCUGGCAAGAGGGAGGCAAGGACUGUUCCCCUGGACACCACAAAUACCAGGCUAGUUCAAUUUUAUGUGCAAAUUGGAAGCAAGGCUGUUGGUAACUCCUGCAACAGACCAAGAGCCAGGAAUGAAGGGCUUGUGGUUCAAUACACAAAUGACAAUGGGAUCACCUGGCACUUGCUGCGAGAGCUGGACUUCAUGUCAUAUCUGGAACCCCAGGUUGUUUCCAUAGAUUUACCUCGGGAGGCCAAAACCCCCGCCACUGCUUUCCGCUGGUGGCAGCCACAACACGGGAAGCAUUCAGCUCAGUGGGCUUUGGACGAUGUCCUUAUAGGGAUGAAUGACAGCUCUCAGACUGGCUUCCAGGAUAAAUUUGAUGGAACUGUGGAUUUACAAGCAAGCUGGUACAGAAUACAAGGAGGUCAAGUAGACAUCGACUGCCUGUCUAUGGAUACAGCCCUGAUGUUCAGUGACAACAUCGGAAAACCUCGUUAUGCUGAGACUUGGGACUUCCAUGUGUCAGCCUCCACUUUCUUGCAGUUUGAGCUGAGCAUGGGUUGCAGCAAGCCAUACAGCAAUUCCCAUAGCAUUCACUUACAAUAUUCUUUAAACAAUGGGAGAGACUGGCACCUGGUGACAGAGGAGUGCGUCCCUCCAACCAUCGGCUGUCAGCACUACACUGAGAGCUCCAUCUACACUUCAGAAAGAUUCCAAAACUGGAAGAGAAUUACGGUCUACCUCCCACCCGCAACCAAUUCUCCCAGAACACGGUUCAGAUGGAUUCAGUACAACUAUGCUUCUGGUGUUGAUUCUUGGGCUAUUGAUAACGUGGUCCUGGCUACAGGAUGCCCCUGGAUGUGCUCAGGCCACGGCACCUGCGAUGCAGGUCGUUGUGUGUGUGACAGAGGCUUCGGUGGUCAGUACUGUGUCCCUGUCAUUCCUCUGCCGUCUGUCCUGAAGGAUGAUUUCAAUGGUAACUUGCAUCCAGACCUUUGGCCUGAGGUCUACGGUGCUGAGAGGGGAAACCUGAAUGGUGACACCAUCAAGUCUGGAACAGCUCUCAUUUUUAAAGGGGAAGGACUGAGAAUGCUUGUUUCAAGAGAUCUAGAUUGCACUAAUACCGUGUACAUUCAGUUUUCAUUUAAAUUUAUCGCCAAAGGCACCCCUGAGAGGUCUCAUUCCAUCCUGCUGCAAUAUUCUGUCAACGGAGGCAUCACUUGGCACCUGAUAGAUGAAUUUUACUUCACACAGACUACGGAUGUCCUCUUUAUUAAUGUUCCUCUGCCCUACGCAGCCCAAAGCAAUGCGACGCGGUUCAGGCUCUGGCAACCUUACAACAAUGGUAAAAAAGAAGAAAUCUGGGUUAUUGAUGACUUCAUUAUUGAUGGAAAUAACCUAAAGAAUCCCAUGAUCCUUUUGGAUACAUUUGACUUUGGUCCCAAAGAGGACAACUGGUUUUUCUACCCUGGUGGAAACAUUGGGCUUUAUUGCCCAUAUUCAUCUAAAGGAGCUCCGGAAGAAGACUCGGCAAUGGUAUUUGUUUCAAAUGAAGUUGGAGAACACUCCAUUACAACAAGGGACCUGAGUGUGAAUGAGAACACUAUUAUUCAAUUUGAGAUUAAUAUCGGCUGCACCACUGACAGCUCAUCUGCCGACCCAGUAAAGCUGGAGUUCUCACGUGAUCUGGGAGCGACCUGGCAUCUCCUGCUCCCCUUGUGCUACAGCAGCAGCAGCCACCUCAGCUCCCUCUGUUCCACCGAGCAUCAUCCAAGCAGCACUUACUAUGCAGGCACCACCCAGGGCUGGAGAAGGGAGGUCAUUCACUUUGGAAAACUGCAUCUCUGUGGGUUGGCAAGGUUCAGGUGGUACCAAGGAUUUUACCCUGCUGGAUCCCAGCCCGUGACCUGGGCCAUUGAUAAUGUGUACAUCGGCCCGCAGUGCGACGAGAUGUGCAAUGGGCACGGCAGCUGCAUCAACGGCACAAAGUGCAUCUGUGACCCCGGGUACUCUGGGCCAACAUGCAAAAUAAGUACCAAGAAUGUUGACUUCCUUAAGGAUGAUUUUGAAGGCCAGCUGGAGUCAGAUAGAUUCCUGCUUGUGAGUGGUGGAAAGCCAUCAAGGAAAUGUGGUAUCAUGUCUGGAGGAAACAACCUUUUCUUUAAUGAAGAAGGCUUACGUAUGCUGAUGACUCGAGACCUAGAUUUGUCACAAGCCAGAUUUGUGCAGUUCUUCAUGAGACUGGGAUGUGGCAAGGGGGUGCCAGACCCCAGGAGCCAGCCUGUGCUGCUGCAGUAUUCGCUCAAUGGGGGUCUCACGUGGAGCCUUCUCCAGGAGUUCCUCUUCAGUAACUCGAGCAAUGUGGGACGUUACAUCGCCCUGGAAAUUCCCAUGAAGGCCCGCUCCAGCUCCACUCGGCUUCGCUGGUGGCAACCAUCCGACAACGGGCAUUUCUACAGUCCCUGGGUAAUCGACCAGAUUCUUAUUGGAGGAAACAUCUCUGGCAACACUGUGUUAGAAGAUGAUUUCACCACCCUGGAUAGUAGAAAGUGGCUGCUCCAUCCUGGUGGAACAAAGAUGCCAGUCUGUGGGUCUACCGGGGAUGCUCUGGUAUUCAUCGAGAAAGCUAGCACCCGCUAUGUUGUCACCACUGACAUCGUUGUCAAUGAAGACUCUUUUUUGCAAAUAGAUUUUGCAGCAUCCUGCUCUGUCACGGACUCCUGUUAUGCUAUUGAACUGGAAUACUCAGUGGACCUUGGGCUGAGCUGGCACCCAAUUUUGAGAGACUGUCUUCCCACUAACGUGGAAUGCAACAAGUAUCAUCUCCAGAGGAUCCUCAUUUCGGACACUUUCAACAAGUGGACUCGGGUUACUUUGCCUCUGCCUCCCUAUACUAGGUCUCAAGCCACUCGCUUCCGCUGGCACCAGCCUGCUCCUUUUGAUAAGCAGCAAACAUGGGCGAUCGAUAAUGUCUACAUUGGGGAUGGCUGCAUAGACAUGUGCAGUGGCCACGGGAAGUGCACACAAGACAACUGUGUCUGCGAUGAGCACUGGGGUGGGCUUUACUGUGAUGAGCCAGAGACCCCUCUUCUGACACAACUGAAAGACAACUUCAACCGCUCGCCGUCGAACCAGAACUGGCUGACAGUGAAUGGGGGCAAACUGAGCACGGUCUGCGGGGCAGUAGCCUCUGGGAUGGCACUUCACUUCAGCGGGGGCUGCAGUCGUAUGUUAGUUACAGUGGACUUGAACCUCACCAGUGCAGAAUUCAUCCAGUUUUAUUUCAUGUAUGGAUGUCUGAUAACUCCUAAUAACCGCAACCAAGGAGUGCUGCUGGAGUAUUCUGUGAAUGGUGGAAUCACCUGGAGCCUCUUAAUGGAAAUCUUCUAUGAUCAGUUCAGCAAGCCUGGCUUUGUGAACAUCCUCCUUCCCUACAAUGCCAAAACCAUUGGGACACGCUUCCGUUGGUGGCAGCCUAAGCACGAUGGGCUGGACCAGAACGACUGGGCUAUUGACAACGUGCUGAUCUCUGGCUCAGCUGACCAGAGGACAGUGAUGCUCGACACCUUCAGCAGCGCUCCCCUGCCGCAGCAUGAGCGCUCCCCUGCCGACGCAGGGCCCACCGGGAGGAUCGCCUUUGACAUGUUCAUGGAGGAUAAAACUACAGUGAAUGAACACUGGUUAUUCCAUGACGAUUGCUCAAUUGAGAGGUUUUGUGAUUCUCCUGAUGGUGUCAUGAUCUGCGGAAGCCAUGACGGCAGAGAGGUCUACGCAGUCACCCACGACCUGACUCCUACAGAAGGUUGGAUUAUGCAGUUCAAGGUUUCUGUUGGAUGUAAAACUUCAGAAAAACUUGCACAAAAUCAGGUCCAUGUGCAGUAUUCCACGGACUUUGGCGUUAGCUGGAGUUAUUUAGUACCUCAGUGUUUACCAGCUGAUCCAAAAUGUUCUGGGAGUGUUUCACAGCCAUCAGUCUUCUUUCCCACAAAAGGAUGGAAAAGAGUAACUUACUCACUCCCUGAAAACCUUGUGGGCAAUCCUGUGAGGUUUCGGUUCUACCAGAAAUACUCAGAUGUGCAGUGGGCCAUCGAUAAUUUCUAUCUGGGCCCUGGUUGUCUGGAAAACUGUAGAGGCCAUGGAGACUGCCUGAAUGAGCAAUGCAUCUGUGACCCUGGGUACUCGGGACCAAACUGCUAUCUCACCCAAACACUGAAGACUUUCCUGAAAGAGCGCUUUGACAAUGAAGAAAUUAAACCAGAUUUGUGGAUGUCCUUAGAAGGUGGAAAUACCUGUACCGAGUGUGGGAUUCUUGCAGAGGACACGACUCUCUAUUUUGGAGGUGCAACUGUGAGGCAGGCUGUCACUCAAGAUCUGGACCUGCGGGGGGCAAAAUUUCUACAGUACUGGGGAAGAAUUGGGAGUGAAAACAACAUGACAACAUGCCACAGACCAACUUGCAGAAAGGAGGGAGUGCUGCUGGAUUACUCCAUUGAUGGAGGGAUAUCCUGGACUUUGCUGCAUGAGAUGGAUUACCAAAAAUACAUCUCAGUCAGGCAUGACUACAUCCUCCUCCCUGAACAUGCUCUGACCAACACAACCCGCUUGCGCUGGUGGCAGCCUUUUACCAUCAGCAACGGGAUUGUGGUUUCAGGCCCUGACCGAGCACAGUGGGCACUGGAUAACAUCCUGAUCGGAGGAGCAGAGAUCAACCCCAGCCAGCUGGUCGAUACGUUUGAUGAUGAAGGCACCUCUCAUGAAGAAAACUGGAGUUUUUACCCAAAUGCAGUCAGGACUGCAGGGUUCUGUGGAAAUCCAUCAUUCCACCUCUACUGGCCAAAUAAGAAAAAGGACAAAACACACAACAUCCUGUCCUCCAGGGAGCUCAUUAUACAGCCAGGAUACAUGAUGCAAUUUAAAAUCGUGGUUGGCUGUGAGGCAACUUCGUGUGGGGACCUCCACUCUGUGAUGCUGGAGUAUUCGAAGGAUGCCAGGACAGACUCAUGGCAGCUUGUCCAGACACACUGUCUUCCUUCCUCAUCUAAUAGCAUUGGCUGCUCCCCAUUUCAAUUCCAUGAAGCUACCAUCUAUAACUCUGUCAACAGCUCCAUGUGGAGAAGAAUAACCAUCCAGCUGCCCGAUCAUGUCUCAUCCAGUGCAACUCAGUUCAGGUGGAUUCAGAAGGGAGAAGAACUAGAGAAGCAAAGCUGGGCAAUCGACCACGUGUACAUUGGGGAAUCAUGCCCUAAGCUCUGCAGUGGUCAUGGAUACUGCACGACUGGAGCCAUUUGCAUUUGUGAUGAAGGAUACCAAGGUGAUGACUGCUCUGUUUUUAGCCAUGACCUCCCCAGUUAUAUUAAAGAUAAUUUUGAAUCUGAAAGAGUCACUGAAAUAAACUGGGAAACCAUUCAGGGGGGAGUAAUAGGGAAUGGAUGUGGACAGCUGGCACCCUACGCCCAUGGAGAUUCACUCUAUUUUAAUGGAUGUCAAAUAAGACAAGCUGUGACUAAGCCUCUGGAUCUCACCCGAGCAAGCAAAAUCAUGUUUGUUUUGCAAAUUGGAAGUAUUUCACAAACAGACAGCUGCAAUACCAAUCUGAGUGAUCCUAACACUGUAGACAAGGCAGUGCUCCUCCAAUACAGUGUAAAUAAUGGAAUUACAUGGCAAGUAAUUGCACAGCAUCAGCCAAAGGACUUUAUACAAGCCCAAAGAGUGUCUUAUAAUGUUCCCCUGGAGGCACGAAUGAAAGGAGUCUUACUGCGCUGGUGGCAGCCCCGCCACAACGGAACAGGUCAUGAUCAGUGGGCUUUGGACCACGUAGAAGUCGUCCUAAUAAGCACUCGCAAACAAAAUUACAUGAUGAAUUUUUCACGGCAACAUGGGCUCAGGCAUUUCUACAACAGAAGACGAAGGUCACUUAGACGAUAUCCAUGAAGAAACGAGAAAUUUAUCUUUUUUCCUCCCAACAUGUGAUGUGUUGCUUUCCAUUCUUUAAAUCUAGCACUGCGUCUGGUAUCAGGACUUUUCUGCAACUGGCUUGAUGAAUAACUGAAAGCCUUUCUCAAGACAGAGUGUACACCACUUUUUCGCACUGUGAACUAAUGAGAAGUGACUUAUUUUCUCAUAGGUAAAUGUUUUAAUGUUGAUGUGUCUGUGAAAAUUGUGAUCUGUUGUAAUAUCAGUUACAGUGGCAGUAUUGGAAGUAAGCGACUAAUUCUGUUUAACAGGAAAAAAAGUUUAAGCACAAAGACUUUUCAGAUUUUCUGUUUAAAAAAACCUACAUACUAAGUACAGAAUUUAACAUUCUUUGUCACAUAGGUAUUUAAGUGCACUGUAUUUCAGCUUUGUGUCAUUUUAUAUUAUUAAGUUAUCAUUGUUUGUCCUCUUUGUAUUCUCUUCUACAACAUGACACAUUGGCACUGUAUUUACUUGUUUUGUUGUUGUAAUAUUUUUGCUGCUGAUUUUUGGGCUAUUUACCUUCUGACAAAAUGUAUUAAAAAAAAAUCAAAGUACCUAAUCAAGAAGAUAAUUGCAAAAGUAGUUGUAAAGGCGUUGAUAUCCUUUGGUCUUAUUCUUUGAUAUGUCUGUUGGUUAGCAUUGUUUUGUGGGUAAAAAAGAAUGCUUGACAUUAAACUUUUUUCUACUAAGGAGUUGUGGAUGAAGCCCCAAACAGAAGUUCCCAAUUCCCUGUCUAAAUGUAGUCAGUUCUCUGCAACUGAUUUACUUACAGUAACUGCCAUUUGGUGUCUGUAGUAAUGAAGUGAUUUGUAAACAGUGAACGUUUCAUUGUGUUCUCUUUGGUGUUUCUAUUGCGGGUCAUGUUUGUAUCUUCUGAUAAAGUUGUAUCUACACCAGCAACGUUAUAAUGCCCCUAUAGCCCUAAACUGUCUAUUAUCAUAAAUAAAAUGCUUCACUUUAUGGUGAACCAAGGUAAAGAUCCAUGCUUCAAUAAAAAUAAUGUCAACAAA